AUGCCGCUAAACUACCUCGCCAUCAUCAUGCACCGUCAGUACAUGAAGGCGCAAGGCAAGCAAGUCACGGCCGGUGCCCUCGCAUCGAAGAAGAUGAAAGAUCUUCCCCUCCCGACCGAAAUCCUCCUCAAGAUUGCCGAAUACCCACUACCAACGACCGUCCGAAUGUGCGCUGGCCACGGAUUCUACACCCAGCCUAAUUAUGUCGACUCAUUCGUCGACCGCGAAACCAUACUGAAUGUGCGAGCCGUGCUCAACCUCCAGCUCACUUCACGACAAUUGGAGCCAAUCGCCCGAACGACAAUCCAGAACUACUUUGACAACCGACCCGAAACGCUUCAUGUCGCGUACGCGAGGGAGUGGAAGGGGAGCCGGAACAAGGCGCGCUUGGAUACUCCCAUCUACGAAUUCAUCAGCAAGUUCCGCACGCUUCGAGUCGAGAUGUCGUUCAAUUUUGGCUACUUCCCUCAUACACCCGAGCCAGAUUUUGAGCAUACGGUCAAAACGCUCAGCAUCACCGUCACCCACCGUGGGGACAGCUGGAGAGUACUGGCCGUCGAUGUGACUACCCUUCUGGGCCUCAAAGUGUACGACCGACGGAUAUUGGGCUUGGCGAGAUGUGAAGACGCUUUCAUCCAAGCCGCCAUUGCACGUGUGGGAGCGGCGCUCAUGGCGUUGGGCAAUCAUCGGCAGGGUUCUGAUCUCCUCUGUACGAUGAGGUUGGACGUGGAGAGGGACUGGAAAGGUGUCCCGGAGCGAGACUUCGGAUUAUGGGAUAUGUUGCCGUUGAGCACAGACUGGGCGAGGUACAUCCCGGCGGGAUAUGAGCAUGGACAUCGCGAUCGGAGGCUAGCGUGGGUGGGAGGGAAGGGCAGUAGCGCGGGCACAAAUGGAGGAUUGCGGACUACGGAUGUCAAGGGCGAGGAACGAGGGGCGAAACACAAGGGUACAGGUGUUGACGGAGGGACUCGGAUUGGCGGCGGAGAUCUCGACGACAAGACAGGCUGA